AGCCAAGCCGGAAGCCGAGCCGGAAGAAAGAAGCCGCUGGGCCCGCCCAAACAAGAAUUUCCACCGUAAUUCCGCCCAGAGUUUCUCCCACGGCCCCAGGUCCGCAUGGCGGUGAAAGUCGAAGACGCGCGACCUAAAGGGCCAGGUUUUCAGUCAGCCCAGCGUUGGCGACGGGUUAGGGCGGAACACAACCACCACCCUAGUCCCGCCAGGCUCGGGGCCUAGCUUUUCUACUCACAGCGUCGGAGGGAGGGAGGGAGCGAGCCAGCGUCCCCGCAUCUGCGGCACCCUGGCCCGCCCUUCGCCCUCCGACGCGCGCGCCUAUUGGCCACCGCAGCCCCUCCCACAUGGAGCGAAGGCGCGCACUUCAUUGGCCCCUGCGUGAGGGGCGGGGCUAAAGAACGCGGGUCCUCGGCCGUGGAGGGUCGAGUGGCGGCUUUUGAGCGCUGAGGGAGGGGAGCGUGUGUAGGUGAUGGUGCCAGCGCUGCGUUAUUUGGUUGGUGCCUGCGGACGGGCCCGCGGGGGUUUCGCCGGGGACUUCCCUGGGGCGUCCGGGUUGGCGUCUGGGAGGCCAAGACCGCUGUGUGGAGGUAGCCGCAGCGCCAGCACCAGCUCGUUUGAUAUAGUCAUUGUUGGUGGCGGAAUUGUGGGGCUUGCCUCUGCCAGAGCACUCAUCCUGCGACAUCCAUCACUUUCUAUUGGUGUUCUGGAAAAGGAGAGAGAUUUAGCUGUUCACCAGACUGGACAUAACAGUGGUGUCAUACAUAGUGGAAUUUAUUAUAAACCUGAGUCUCUGAAAGCCAAAUUAUGUGUACAAGGUGCAGCCCUCCUCUAUGAGUACUGUCAGCAAAAGGGAAUUUCCUACAAGCAGUGUGGCAAGCUUAUAGUAGCUGUUGAACAAGAAGAAAUUCCCAGACUUCAGGCCCUAUAUGAGAGAGGCCUCCAGAAUGGUGUCCAGGGCCUGAGGCUGAUCCAGCAGGACGAUAUAAAAAAGAAGGAGCCAUAUUGUAGGGGUCUAAUGGCUAUUGAUUGUCCACAUACUGGCAUUGUGGACUAUCGGCAGGUGGCUUUGUCAUUUGCCCAGGAUUUCCAAGACGCAGGUGGCUCUGUCUUGACCAAUUUUGAAGUAAAAGAUAUUGAAAUGGCUAAAGAAAGUCUUUCAAGAAGUAUAGAUGGAAUGCAAUAUCCGAUUGUUAUAAAGAAUAUAAAGGGAGAGGAAAUUCGAUGUCAGUAUGUUGUGACAUGUGCAGGACUUUACUCAGACCGUAUUUCAGAGUUGAGUGGCUGCAGUCCUGAUCCUCGAAUUGUACCAUUCCGGGGGGAUUACCUGCUCUUGAAGCCGGAAAAAUGUUAUCUUGUAAAAGGAAAUAUUUAUCCGGUCCCAGAUAGCCGAUUUCCUUUCCUAGGAGUUCACUUCACACCAAGGAUGGAUGGCAGUAUUUGGCUAGGUCCUAAUGCAGUUCUUGCCUUUAAACGAGAGGGUUACAGACCCUUUGACUUCAGUGCCACAGAUGUUAUGGAUAUAAUUAUCAAUAGUGGCUUGAUUAAACUGGCAUCCCAGAAUUUUUCCUAUGGAGUUACUGAAAUGUAUAAAGCGUGUUUUCUUGGUGCAACAGUGAAGUAUCUUCAAAAAUUCAUCCCUGAAAUUACUAUCAAUGAUAUAUUUAGGGGCCCAGCUGGAGUAAGAGCCCAGGCCCUGGAUAGAGAUGGAAAUCUGGUAGACGAUUUUGUAUUUGAUGCAGGAGUUGGGGAUAUUGGAAAUCGCAUUCUUCAUGUGAGAAAUGCACCUUCUCCUGCUGCUACUUCUUCCAUUGCAAUUUCUGGAAUGAUUGCAGAUGAAGUACAACAAAGAUUUGAAUUGUAAAUAAUGAAAGGAGCUAGACGGAGUUUCACUCUUGUUGCCCAGGCUUGAGUGCAAUGGUGCGACCUUGGCUCACUGCAACCUCUGCCUCCUGGGUUCCAGCGAUUCUCCUGCCUCAACCUCCCGAGUAGCUGGGAUUACAGGCGCCCAUCACCAUGCCUGGCUAAUUUUUUGUAUUUUUAGUAGAGACGGGGUUUUGCCAUGUUGGCCAGGCUGGUCUCGAAUUCCUGACCUCAGGUGAUCCACCUGCCUCAGCGUCCCAAAAUGCUGGGAUUACAGGUGUGAGCCUCAGCCCUGAGUCCCUGACUUUGUUAAUGACAUGUCCUUACCAACCAUGACCUAGAGAAGAUUUGGCUUUUUAAGAAUUUUGGAGAAAGAUGGCAUAAAAAUGGAUUAUUUCCUUAAAUCAAUUUUUUAGCAUUGUGCUACCUAAGCUUGUUUGGUCUCUCAUAGACAAGAAAAUACAUUAUAUUGUAGGUUACAUUCUUUUAAUUUUGAAGAGUCACAAAACUCACAUUAUUUAGAGCAACAGUAUUUGUAUUUGGAAAUUAAAAAUUCAUGAUUUCAAGAAAAUACAUAAAAUUUACAUUUUUGAGUAGUUUGAAUAAGUUUCUAUGUUAAUUAUAAUAUUUGUAGGAAAUAACAAAACAAGCUCAAAACCUUUAUUAUUUCCAGUCUCUUUGUAACUGAUGUGGUAUGGUAUCAUCAUGAAAUCUAAACAGUGGUACACUGAGUGGUUGUCCUGCUCUUCAAUCUCUGUGGCUGAGAACUGAAAUAACUUAGAAGAGACAGAUUUUUAUGAGAGCAGUUUUAGAAUCCUGACACUGAUGUAUAGAACUCUAAUUUUAAAAAGUUAUUUAUCUAUUAUAUCUCUGAUCUUUAGUCACACUAAGGCUCUCAAAAUGUUGGCCAAGAUUGGUAAUGAUUCAUACGUACUUGAUUUUUCAGGGCUCCUAUCAACUUGUAUAGGGAUAUUUUUCCAUUUUUGAUAAAUAUCUAACUUUGAGGCAUUCACUUUUGUAAACCGCGAAAGUGCCUUACGUUCAUGUGUACCUCAUGAGUAUUUUAAGUUGAUGCCCAGUGCUGUGGUAUAUCCUGUAUAUAUGUGUUUUGUGGUAUCUGUUGAAAUUAUUCUUAUAAUUUAGAAAGUUAGAAAAUAGAAAUGUAAAUGAAAAUGUGGCGAUCUGACUGCAGAACUUUGAGUACUGAACCACAUUUAGGUGAGGGAUUUUCAUCCAUUCUCUCUGAUUUGCUCUCUCAGGAUUCAUCUUCUACUGUGUAUGUCGUCUUUCCUCUUAGCUCUCCAAAGCUGUAUGAUGGAUGGGUGAGAAGGAUGUGCAUUUUGGUUGAUAGGAAAAAUGUUUCUGUUUUCUUCCUUUUCCCCUCACUUCAAGCAUUGAUGAUUACAUUGAUUGAGCUACCUCAUCCAUUAAUUUGAAAGGCUACACAUCAUCAGCUCAUGUUGAAGAAGUAGCACAUCCCAGGUAAACAGAUAGGCCACUAUUCAACACUUAGGAUGAGUAUAUUAAAAGCAUUCAGAUAUCAGUGACAGAAGAAACAAGCACUAAUGUUUCUUUAUAACAGCUGAUUCCUGCAAGAAAUGCAAACACAGGAUGUUUUUCUGUUCCAUUACAAGAUUACUAAGAGAUGGAAAAUAUUAUCAUUCUCUAUUUUGUCAAUAGUACGAUUGCAUACAUACUAAGUUGUAAACAUUGAAUUACAAAAAAGAUUGUCCUAGUUGAAGCAAUCCUCAAUCCAUUCGAGUCUGUACAAUACCCUGAAAAAUAAAAAUGAAAAAUUUGUUGAAAGUGUUUUGAAUAUGUAGGUUAUUCUGUUUGUAAAACAUUUUAUAUGUAUGUCAAUAGGGUUUUGUUAAUACUGACAUAAUAAAGUUUUAUGUAUUUCUGACAGAAGAAAUGUAUAUUAAUAUUUAAAAUAUUUUAAUGAGCCUUGGUGUUGUAGAGAACAAAUUUUUUAGUCCCAUAAAAACUUUUAUGCAAAUAAAUUUUUUUAUGUGUAAAACAUAAA